CUUUCACCGCAGCGUCUGGCCGACUCUCCGCUCCCAGGACCGCCAUGCCCCCGCAGCGAGUGUCCGCCCUGCCGCGGCAGCAGUCCCUGCUGCUGCCCGCCGUCAUCAACCCGUUCGUGCAGGACACCAAACUGUCCCGAGCAGCGAUCAUUAAAUGUGUCCUCCUGGGAAUCUUCCUGGUCCCCAUUCGCGCCAUCCUGCUGUCCCUGGUUCUCAUGGUGACAUGGCCGGUGGCCAUCAUAAUAACCUUCAAGCAUCCUCUGAAAGGAGCCGUGGAGCCAAUGACCGGCUGGCGACGGUUCAUGUGUCGGAGAUUGAUGGCCGCCCUGGGGAGGACCUACUACUUCUGCAUGGGCUUCAGAGUGGUGGUCAAGGGGAAGCAGGUCAGCAGCAUCGAGGCCCCCAUUCUGGCUGUGGCCCCCCACUCCACCUUCUUCGAUGGGAUCGUGUGCAUCGUGGCGGGCCUGCCCUCCACCGUCUCCCGGGUCGAGAACCUGGCUACGCCCAUCUUUGGCCGGUUCGUGCGCUGUCUCCAGCCAGUGCUGGUGUCCAGAAAGGACCCUGACUCCCGGAAGAAUACAAUCCAAGAGAUUGACAGCAGAGCCAAGUCAGGAGGACACUGGCCACAGGUUCUUAUCUUUCCAGAGGGAACCUGUACGAAUCGCUCAUGUCUCAUCACUUUCAAACAAGGUGCCUUUAUCCCAGGGGUCCCUGUGCAGCCUGUGGUUAUGAGGUAUCCCAACAAUCUGGACACUGUGACUUGGACUUGGCAGGGUUUCAGCUCGAAGACGCUGCUGCUUCUAACACUCUGCCAGCUGUACACCACAGUCGAGAUAGAGUUCCUGCCGCCGUAUAUUCCCUCUGAAGAGGAGAAGAAAAAUGCGCCUCUGUUUGCCAGCGGAGUGCGAGAAACUAUGGCACACGCUUUGGGAGUUCCAGUCACAGACCACACUUAUGAAGACUGCCGCCUCAUGAUCUCUGCUGGUGAACUGACUCUGCCCAUGGAGGCCGGCCUGGUCGAGUUCACCAAAAUCAGCCGUAAACUCCAUCUGAAGUGGGACAAUGUGCGGAAAGAGCUGGAGGGUUUCGCGUCCAUGGCGAGCUCCUGUAAGGGAGGACGCAUCACUAUCGAUGAGUUUGCCAGAUUCCUGAAGCUACCGGUCAGCUCUGCCCUUGAGGAGCUGUUUGCACUGUUCGACAGGAACGGCGAUGGCACGAUAGACUUCAGAGAGUACGUGAUCGGUGUGACCAUCUUGUGUCGACCAGCCAACACUGAAGAUGUUCUCCAAAUGGCUUUCAAGCUGUUUGACACAGAUGAGGAUGAGAGGAUCACCAGGGAGGAGUUCACCGCUCUGCUGCGCUCCGCUCUGGGUGUGUCCAACCUCAACAUGACCAAGCUCUUCAAGGAGAUUGACGCUGACUGCUCCGGCUUCAUCACCUUCAGUGAAUUCCAAGCCUUCGCCUCAAACCACCCGGAGUACGCCAAGCUCUUCACCACCUACCUGGAGCUCCAGAGAUAUCAAGCGAUCCAGGAGGCGACGCCAGGGGAUCUGGAACUCACCGGUCGGCCCAGUUCAGGGGAUCAACAGGAGGAGAGCACCUCGGACAAGAAAGAUGACUGAGACGGACGAUGAGCGUAAAAAUAACCUGCGUGACUGUGCUGAGGGACAGACACUGUACCGACUGCACUGAGAUGGAAAAGGCAGCAAACUUGAGUCAGUUGCCUCGGCGGAGCCUUUUCAUUGAUGUGGUUUAUUGAAUACUUCUAUUUUCAAUUUUAGUGCCUUAUAGAGAUUUAAAAAAACUCCCCAAGUCAUUGCACAACAAAUGUCUUAUGGCCAGAGGCUGAUAUUGCUUAUACUGUUUGUGUGCGUGCGUGUUUGCGUACAUGAGUGUGUGUGUGUGUGUGUGUGUGUGUAUUCUACGUUUCCUUUUAGAAAAAAAUUAAAAAAUUAAGAGUUAGUUAAGGUCGAAAUGAAAACUCUGUGUUUCGGUGACCUGUGUAAAACCUGCAGUCUUUAUAGUGGUAAUGUUAAUAACAGUGUUUUACGGUAUAUACUUCAGUAUAUCUUACUCAUUGUAAAAACUGCCUCACCAUCUUUUCCACUUGGAUGCACCACUCUCCGUAGCCUGAGCUUUCCACUCACUUGCUUGGACUUACAUGAACUUAGCGUUGUGUACCUUUGUCCUUUGUCUUUGUGGUUUAAUGUAAAUGAGCAGAGAAAUUGCCAAACACAACAAACACUGUUUUAAACAAAAGCGAGGAGUCCUCGUGCUUCUGUGUUUCUGUAUAAUUAGCGUAGAGUAAGUUUUAUUAAGAUCUUUCUAAUCUGGCUACACGCAGUUGCUCCGCAGAGCAUACAUGCUGCGUGUUACACUUUUUUUGCCCAGCGCUCAGGGACACAGACCUUGUAAGGCGGCUGUAUAAUUAGCCAGAGGUUUGCUUUGCAUGUGUACCCAUUUGCAUUUCCACUGAAUACGGUUUUGCUGAGGCAGCAGUGCGUCUGUGUGGCUUUAGGUUUACUAAAGCAAAUCAAGCAAUGAAAAUAGGGCAAUUUGUGAGCAAAAAGGCAACAGUGCUUCUUCACAACAGCAUAUUCCAGCGGGGUAUGCUUUCAGAUUAACUAGCACCACUGUUACUUAUUUAGCAAACAGGGUGCGUUGCAAUUAUGUGAUUGUUUAUUUUUUUCUUCUCCUUUUCGCCAAGUUUGCUUUUUAGAAUAAAACAAGAGAACAAUUUUAA